CCUCUCCUGCACUCUCUCUUUCUCUCCAUCCAGAGCAGAAGAUCUCCUCCAACAUCUCCACCAUGUUCUCCACCCGCUCUAUCUCCUACUCCAGCGGGGGCCGCCUUGGCUCCAUGAGGGCCCCCAGCGUGUACGGUGGUGCCGGGGGCUCUGGAGUCCGGAUCUCCAGCAGCAGCGCCUCCAGGAGCUUCGCCUCUGGUGGUGGGGCAGGCUUUGCUUCGGGUGGUGGGGCCAGCUUCUCCUCUGGUGGAGGCUUCAGCCUGUCUGACGCCCUGGACAUCUCUGACAACAAGAAGGCCGCCAUGCAGAACCUGAACGACCGCCUGGCCUCCUACCUGGAGAAGGUGCGCAACCUGGAGACCGCCAACGCUGAGCUGGAGAGGAAGAUCAGGGAAUUCCUGGAGCAGAAGGCCAAACCUGAGAGCCAAGACUACUCCAGGUUCCUGACGAUUAUCAGCGAGCUACAGGGCAAGAUCAUCAGUGCCACCUGCGACAACGGAUCUCUGACUCUGUCCAUCGAUAACGCCAAGCUGGCUCAGGAUGACUUCAGGGUCAAGUACGAGAACGAGCUGGCCAUGCGUACGAGCGUGGAGGCCGACAUCGCCGGGCUGAAGAGGCUCCUGGACGAACUGACCCUGGCCAGGUCCGACCUGGAGAUGCAGAUCGAGUCUCUGAGGGAGGAGCUGAUCUACCUGAAGAAGAACCACGAGGAGGACCUGCUGAGCAUGAGGUCUCAGGUGGGUGGUCAGAUCAACGUGGAGGUGGAAGCCGCGCCCCAGCAGGACCUGACCGCCAUCAUGGCCGAAAUAAGAGAGCACUACGAGACCGUCGCCAACAAGAACCGCAAAGAUCUGGAGAGCUGGUUCCAGGCCAAGUCUGAGGAGCUGAACAAAGAGGUCAUCGUGAGCACAGAGACGCUCCAAUCCUCGCGUUCUGAAAUCAAUGAACUCAAACGCACUCUACAGGGUCUGGAGAUCGAGCUCCAGUCGCAGCUCAGCAUGAAAGCAUCUCUGGAGGGGACGCUGGACGAAACGCAGGCCAGGUAUUCCAACAUGCUAGCAGGCUACCAGAACCAGGUGUCGUCUCUGGAGGAGCAGCUGAUGAGGCUGAGGGGUGACCUGGACCGGCAGGGCCAGGAGUACCAGAUGCUGCUGGACAUGAAGACCAGGCUGGAGAUGGAGAUCGCAGAGUACCGACGGCUGCUGGACGGAGAGGCGUCAGGCUCCUCCUCCUCCUCUUCCACCACCUCCACCACCACCACUCGGAAGGUGAUGAUCGUCACCAAAGAGACCUCAGAGAACGGAGAGGUCAUUACGGAAACGCAGGAGUAUUCGUGAGACGUUGAUCACCAGCUGCUUUCACCAAUAAAACACUACUGAGCAACC